AUGAUCCAGGACAAUCACUCCUUGACAAUAAACUUUAUCCUCAGGGGGUUUACGGACCACCCAGAUCUGAAGACCCUGCGGUUCGUGGUGUUCUUUGUCAUCUAUCUGAUCACCAUGGUGGGCAAUCUUGGAUUGGUGGUGUUGAUCUCCAUGGAACGCCGUCUGCACACACCCAUGUACAUCUUUCUGGGCAACCUGGCUCUGAUGGAUUCUUUCUGUUCCUGUGCCAUUACCCCCAAGAUGUUACAGAACUUCUUUUCUGAGGACAAAAUGAUUUCCCUUCAUGAAUGCAUGGCACAGUUUUAUAUUCUCUGCCUUGCUGAAACUGCAGACUGCUUUCUCCUGGCAGCAAUGGCCUAUGAUCGCUAUGUGGCCAUAUGCAGACCACUGCAGUACCACACCAUGAUGUCAAAGCAACUCUGUAUUCAAAUGACCAUAGGAGCUUAUAUAGCUGGGAACCUGCAUUCCAUGAUUCAUGUAGGGCUUUUAUUUAGGCUAACCUUCUGUGGAUCUCAUCACAUCAAUCACUUUUUUUGUGAUAUUCUUCCAUUAUACAGACUCUCCUGUAUUGAUCCUUAUCUCAAUAAACUGAUGGUACUUAUUUUCUCAGGAUCAGUUCAAAUCUCCACUAUUACUGUAGUCUUAAUCUCUUAUCUUUGCAUACUGUACACCAUUUUCCAAAUGAAAUCCAAAGAGGGAAAAGGCAAAGGUUUAUACACUUGUGCAUCUCACUUUCUUUCUAUCACAAUAUUCUAUGGUUCUCUUCUGUUCAUGUAUAUCCGGCCCACUUCAGCCAACGAAGGAGAAAAAGAGAUACCAGUUGCUGUUUUUUAUACAGUAAUAGUUCCAUUAUUAAACCCCUUUAUUUAUAGUCUAAGGAAUAAAGAAUUAAUAAAUGCUAUGAAAAAACUUAUGAAAGUGUGGGCGUUGUUUCUGCGCAGCUCUUCCACAUCGAAGCCCAGUUUCAUAAAUGCCACUGUACACUCAGCCAAGUGUGGAGGGCAGGCCCAGGACGGUGGGGGCUGGCUAUGGAAGUCCAAGGCCACACCAACCACAGCAGUUUGGCAGCACUUUCCACGUGGGGGUUGCCACCUUUUGGCUGCAGCCCUUGCCUCUGUGAAAGCAAAGUGA